CGCUUGAGCGCCAAGAUUCCAAUCCCAUUCUCCUUCUCACUAAAUUAGUCUUUCUUCCCUGUAGAUGAGUCUAGUGACCGCAGAGCUCCAAAAAGUUUGGGACUGAAUCUAUUCUAAUGUCUACUCAAAGGUCUCUGGAACUUGAGAUACCUAAAGAACUGCACUAAGGACUCCAAGUCGCCAUCCUCUGUGCUUUCUUCUCUCCAAACUCCUCAAACUCAUUACUGUUCAAGGUGCCAUGGUCUCCAAAUCCAGGAGUGAAUGGAGUACCAUCCUGUCCCACCUGGUGCUGGCAGCAGUGUCUCUGCACGCAGCGGUGACCUCUGCACAGUCCAGUCGAGGAGCUGCUGCUGGCUUCCUGCUCCAGACCUUUGCUGCCAUCACUAUGUUGGUUCCGGGGCUGAACACACAUGAAGACUGUCUUGCUGGAGCUUGGGUUGCCACAGUCAUUGGUCUGCCUCUUCUGGCCUUCGAUUUUCACUGGGUGAAUGGGGACCGCUCUUCUGCCAACCUGCUUCUGGGAGGAGGCAUGGUGUUGGCAGUGGCUGGUGACCAUCUUGGCCCUGAAGGGUGCUCUGUGGCUGGGCAGGCUGUGCUGCUGGUGGUGUCAGUGACCAUCCUUAUUGUAGCUGUUUUCACAGCCAACACUUAUGGAAUUUGGGGAGGUGCCAUGCUGGGUGUGGCGGGUCUCCUGAGCCGUCUGGAAGAGGACAGGCUGCUGUUACUGCCAAAGGAGGAUGUCUGUCGUUGGGCCCUGACUGCAGGCAGUUGGGCCUAUUGUCGGGCUCUGCACACACAACGCCUGCAGUGGGAGUGAUGGUGGAACUUGACACAGCAAGGCAGGGCUUCUGUUCCAGGUACUACUUUCCUUCCUCUGGCCUACAUCUGGAGCCUCUCUCUUAGGGAUAGGCUUUUUUUUCUCUUGAAGUGAGCCUGCUGUAGAUGCACUAAUUGGGGGCAGAGCUUGGGUGCUAUCCCUUCUCUGGUCAUGCAUGUGUGGAAGCUUGCCCAAACCAGAAUACAACAGGUCUUCAGCACACUUGGGGCCUGAUUCUGGGAGGAGCAUGGUUGUAAGUCAGAGGCCAGAUUUCCAAUAAAAUUUAGGAAUAUACAGGAA